AUGAAGACUGCUAAAGCUGUAAUCAUAUGGUGCUCUCUCGUUCCAGCUGUUCUUGCUCUUGAAAUACAACAAAAUGGCUCCGAUAAACAUUUGGAGGUAAGCUUAAAUUCAGACGACAUGGCUAGAGGACGCCGUGACGUCAUUGAGGAAGAGAAAUUUUAUAACAUACGUUCAGAUCGGAACGACCAGCCGGCGCCCUGGAUCCCCGGCCCGCUGCCCCCGGAGGAAGAUCCCACGACCAAGAUAUCAAUAACCAACCCAGAAGUCAAGGAAGUUCUACCACUCUUUCAAACAACAGAAAGAGUGACUGACAAACCUACAGGACGCGGCGCAAGGGCCUCCAACGAGAACUGGAUCAAAUUGCCUUUCCCCGAUCGUGACGAUGGUCGUAGGGAUGACAUCUUAACCCCACCACAACCUUCAGGAGACCUAAUCAACUCAAGAAUGCCAAGAGUCAACUUCGUCACUCAGAACAAACAAUUGGAAGCAUCAGAGUCCCGUAAUGAUAAAGAAUCUAUACAGAGAGCGCAAAGAACUGAAAAUAUCCGAACCGAAUUUGUCCGACCAGGCGAGGAGGAGCGUAACAAACAAUUCAAGCCCGUUUACCCGCGACAAGCAGUUUAUUACCCCGCUGAAUCAAGAAGACCUUACUACGAUGAUCGAUACUACCCCGCCGACGAUUUAUACAGACGCGAUCCUUACUAUGAUUUAUACGACCGCAGACGGUACAUCCCUGGCUAUGUGCCGAGAGUCGAUCGGUACGAUGAUACAUACGAUAAUUACGUUCCCAGGAAGCCUAAGAGAAUCAUAUAUUACGCACACCUGCCGGAAGUAGUGCGAACUCCUCCUAGUGUUGAUUUAAGGUACAGAUAUUCGGCCGAUCCGUACAAAAGAUUCGAUGACGAUUACUAUGCGAGAAAUGGAAGGUAUGAUUACAGAUUCAGGAAUAGGCCUCCGUAUCCGUAUGCACCUUUGAGGAAAGAAGAAAGAAACUUCAGAGAUCUCGCUUUGGCCGGCUCUUCGAAUAAGGAUAAAAAGAUUGAAGAAAAAAUAACACCUACUCCUAUACUGCCUAAGAAAGAAGAACAGUUCAAAACUAAUAAUGAUAACGAUAGAAAUAUCAAUAGGAAUCUAAUUAAUAGCCAUCAGUAUCAUGACGGGCCUACUCUGACUUACAAUGACCAGUUGACUCACAAAGCGUUUCCUGAUAUAGUGAGACAAGACGACGGCUAUCUCAGAUACGACGAGCCCUUAUUUCAGACGGCUGUUGACGACCCUUACCAGAGAAAGUAUUAA